AUGUUUGCUAAAGCUAUUCUUCUAUCUUCGCUUUCUAUGCAGUCUUUUGCCUUGCCAAUUCUUCAAGAACGUGAUACUACCAAUGUCACUUUGCCAAAGGUGAAAAUAAUGGGUACUGGUAACACUAUUGCUUCCAAAGGCUCUAGCAGUACCACUACUGCUGGUUAUUCUGUCGGACUUACUGUGGAGGACUUAAUCGCCACUGUUCCUGAUAUCGAUACUAUUGCUAACUUGGAAUAUGUAAAGAUAUCCAAUGUGGGGUCCAACUCGUUAAACUAUACCCACUUGAUUCCAUUGCAUCACAACAUUUCUUAA